GACAAAGUGGUUUUUAGUCCACAGAAAUGUAGUAGCAAGAAACUAUAGUGAAAUUGCUUUUUGAGGCAGACAAAGUGGACACUUGUAAGUUGUGAGUUGAAUCUUCUCUCAGUCUCACCCUUUGGCGUGUGUGUGUGGCCAAAAAUGUAGUGAAAAACAGAGUACGUUGGUAGGGAAGAGGGAGACAGAGAGACAGAGAAGAGAUCUUAUCCAUGGCGGCUAUUGCUAGUCUCCAAGCAAUUCAUCUGAAUUUCGGACGACGUGGCAUCACUCGAUGUGGAAUCGCGGAGCCGAGCGGAGAGCCAGCUCCGAUGGGUCAGAAGACAAGAUACGACGAUGGUUUGGCUGCGAGAGUGUUCAUGGGGCUGUUCGCGAGGAAGAUGGACAAGUUUGGUGGGUCCAAGACUAAGAAGAACAACAAGAACGAGAAAGGGUUUUGGGAAUACGACUACGAGAGCUUCGUGGAGGUUUCGAAGAGAGUGAUGCAGGGACGAUCCAGAGUUCAGCAGCAAGAAGCCGUGAGGGAGGUUCUUCUCUCAAUGCUUCCACCUGGCGCUCCUGAACAGUUUCGUAAACUGUUCCCACCGACGAAAUGGGCUUCUGAGUUCAACGCAGCUCUUACGGUGCCUUUCUUUCACUGGUUGGUUGGUCCUUCUGAGGUCAUAGAAGUUGAAGUGAAUGGUGUGAAACAGAGAAGUGGUGUUCGUAUAAAGAAAUGCAGGUAUCUUGAGAACAGUGGGUGUGUAGGAAUGUGUGUGAAUAUGUGCAAGAUCCCAACUCAAGAUUUCUUCACCAAUGAGUUUGGCCUCCCACUCACCAUGAACCCAAAUUUUGAAGAUAUGAGCUGUGAGAUGAUAUACGGACAAGUGCCUCCGGCUUUUGAAGAGGAUCCAGCCACAAAGCAACCUUGCUUAGCAGACAUAUGUUCUAUGUCCAAUCCAAGCUCCCCGAUCUGCCCUAAACUACAAGCAUGAGUGGCAUUGGAUCAGCAAGAUUUGCUAUCUCCAAGAGAAUAUACAUUUAUACAUACUUUUUUUCCCAAAACACAUACACAUAAAAAGUCAGACAAUGUAGAGUUGUGAAAGAAUCUGAUAAUAAACUUGAGCUUACUCGUCUCUCUCUGUGUAUCAGUUUGUUUAUUU